CGAGAGUAUACAUGUACAGCAGUAUAACAAUAUUGCAGCGACUAUUCCAAUGCGCGGUAUUAGAAUAGGAUAGGAUGCUACCUCAUAUUAAUUUAUAUUACACCGUUCACUACUAGAAAUACAACUAGCAUGAUGAUAACAUCCCCCAUAUCAAGCUUUUAAGCUACAUACCAUUGACGCCGCCCCUCCAUCGAUCUUUUGGCACAAGCAUCCGCACAAAAAAAAAAAAAAAAAAAAAGAAAACACAGCAACAAAACACCCUCACCAUGUCGAAAUUCGGCGUCCUCGUCAUGGGCCCUGCAGGCGCCGGCAAAACGACCUUCUGCACCGCCCUAAUCCAACACCUCCAAACCACCCGUCGCAGCUGCUUCUACGUCAACCUCGACCCGGCCGCAGAAUCCUUUUCCUACGAACCAGACCUCGACAUCCGCGAACUAAUCACCCUCGAAGAUGUCAUGGAAGAACUAGGCCUAGGCCCUAACGGCGGCCUGAUGUACUGCUUCGAAUUCCUCCUCCAGAACCUUGAUUUUCUAACCGAGGCCCUCGACCCGCUCACUGACGAGUACCUGAUCAUCUUCGACAUGCCAGGCCAGAUCGAGCUGUAUACACAUGUCCCGCUGCUUCCGUCGUUAAUACAGCAUCUGUCCCGCGCAGGGCCGUUGAAUAUUUCGCUCUGUGCUGCGUAUCUACUGGAGAGUACCUUUGUUAUUGAUCGCGCCAAGUUCUUCGCAGGAGCAUUGAGCGCCAUGUCUGCCAUGAUCAUGCUGGAGAUGCCACAUGUAAAUAUCCUAAGUAAGAUGGAUCAGGUCAAAGGGAUGAUUGGAAAGAAGGAGUUGAAGCGCUUCACAGCUGUGGAUAUUCAAUUGCUAUAUGAGGAGAAUCAGGGAGGUGGUGGUGGGCAUGAAGCAGAGGCAGCUAGUGCAGCAGCGGAGGACCCCACAUCUACAAAUUCCCUGCUGAGUGGUGACUCGUUUAGGCGGCUUAAUCGGGCAGUUGGCCAGCUGCUUGACGACUUCAGCAUGGUGUCAUUUCUGAAGUUGGAUGUUCAGGACGAGGACAGCAUUGGUAGUGUGCUGAGCUAUAUCGAUGAUGCGAUCCAAUUCCACGAGGCGCAGGAACCCAGGGAGCCGGCUGAUGAGCGGGAGGUAGAUUUGGAGUAAUGGCACGACACAUGAUCGUGAAAAAAUUUCCGAACGGCAGAUCUUUAUAUACCCCUGCCAUUCCCCCCCCGUUUAUGGGAGUUUUUGAGGGACGCCCCCCUACAGUUUGACAGGCCAUCGAUGGCUAAAUUCGACGAACCAUCUACUGCUGAGGAGAGGAUUGGCAUUAUCUUGUGGGGACAACAUUUCCCAUUAUAUAAACUUAGCAAGGGGGACAAACGAGUGCCGGCAGCAGGAAGGCCCGAUUUAUGUCAAAAAUUAGCGGAUUGAGCUUGAAAAAAACAAAAGGCAAUCCGCACUAUGAAUAGUUAAUGAAUCCGAAAAAGACCAUGUAUAUAAUAACAUAAUAUGACCAUACUGAAUCAAUGAAAACCGGACUUUGCAGAGCUAGUCAAGAAGCCAAAUCCAACUUUCCAAUAGUAUUAAAAAUAAAUAUAUCCGGCGUGUGAAAGGCGUACGAGAAAGAGGCGACAGAGAACACGAUAAACGCAAAAGCAAUGUAUCGUCCCAACAAGAAAGUAUCAUUCCAAUCAUAAAAAAAACCAGCCCCUCUUGGCCCCCACCAAAGCCCGCUCCGUCAAGCUCGAUUCUAGCCUGUCCUCUUCCGCGCUUGCUCCCAACGCAUCCCCCCAUAUAUCGGCGGCGUCUGCCCCUGCCCUUGUCUCUGUGCCUCCAGACUAUUCGCCCACAUCUCCUCCACAAACCCCUGAAGCAACCCCAACAACCACCCAGCCUCCCUCCCCGCCCUCUCCCACCCAACAACAUACACGUAAUACGCGCCCCCAAUCACAGACCCCCAGAAUGUAAGUCGGAACACCAGCAUGACCCAGAACGUGAUGAUGCGACGGGCAUAAUCGAGUACUCUGAGAGAGAUGAAGAGGAGGAGGCAGAGGACGAGGAGCGAGGUGAGGUCUGGUGGGGAGUUUAGGAGGGUUUGCAAUGGGGUGAGGAAGUAGGGCUGUAGAUAUUGCUGGGAGAUGGGGAGGAAGUGUGUGGUGAAGGUGGAGUAGUAGGAGAGUGCUUGGAG